UCGCUUUAGAGUUUACCUCUAUAGUGAUGAAAACAGGUGUCUACACGACCCCGGGGGGCUACAUUAUCAUUUUACCAUUUUGCUUGUUUUUCCUGUUUUAUUUCCGCAGAAUAAAAGAAUAAAGGCAUGACGCCCCGAGUCAUCGGAUCAUCAUGAGGGAGAGAGUGGUCCACAUGCUGUUAACUGUCAAAAAAUCACUCUGGGACACUUCUCUCCUCCAACACUCUCUCUACUAUCUCCGUAACUCAAAUGGUCAGCUACGCUCACAAGUCAACCAUCAUUAUGUUCCGUUGUGCCAUCGACAAGUUCUCCUCAAAUGCAUUCAUUACAAAUAGUCAAAAAGACUACAUUGUGGAGGAGACAGAGGUCAAAUACUUGUGUACUAAAGACGAAUCUCGUGCGCCCCUGAUAAUCAUCAGAACAUUCAUUCUAGAGGCGUCACCAGACUUCAUCCAAGCUGAUCAAGAGCAACUUCUGGAAGGCAAGGAUUACAAGAAAAAGAUUCCUCAAACCCCGGCAUCAAAGAUCAAACUGCCAAGAAAACAUCAAAGGGGAGAUUGCGAGGAUUUCCUCAUAAAGCCUUCUUAAGAAGUCAAGUUCAAAGACAAAGGAAGCUCAAUAACAAUAAAGACAAAGAUAUUCGUGUUGCAAUGCUGAUUCAACACGAUUGAACACCAAGGGGAAGAUUGUUAGGAAUAUUUUAUGGUGUCCAAUCUAAUUAAAUAUCUUUGUAUUUGUGUAGUUAUUAAUUAAACGUGUAAUACAGGCCACAAAUGUGUAUCAGCCCGUUAGCUUCUUUGUAACCCGUAAGUUAGCCAACUUCUCCUAUAAAAGGAGGCUAACUUACGGGAACCCAAACAACGAUUGAGGCUUUAGAGAAUAGAGGCGCAGAGAUAGAGAGAUUAGGUUUUCCGCUGCUCUCUCUCUCUCUCUCGAGGGAGAGCAGCGGCGUUCAUCACGGUAUACCAAAGCCCCAGCAAACAAAUCUGCUAUGGUGGUUGUGAAGUUGGGCUUCUGGAGAUCCCAUGCCUUGUACACUUUGGGAUGCUACUCAUUUGGACUCGGUGUCAACCCCGUAUGUUUACAUUUAGGACCUGUUUACUUUGACAUUUAAUGUACUACUAGCUUACUAAGGC